AUGCCGGACCCGAAGCUCCAAUCUUACAUAGCAGCACACUACCUUUCUGGCCCCAAAGCCGACGCCAUCCUCGCCCGCAGCUCCGAUGGCAAGCUCAAACGCAAGAAGAAGAGACCCAAAGAAGAAGAUGGAGCCAGCAGCUCGAACUCGGCCUCAACGUCGUCAGGGUUGGUGUUCAAGGACGAUUCGGAUUCGUGGAAGACUGUAGCAGGUGCGGAGGAGGAGGAUGACGGACUGACGCCGCAAGUGGUAGGCAGUUCGGACGCUGCGAGCUCCAGCAAGGCGUUUCGCCGAGUAGGAUCUCACGCCACUCGAGCGCAGAAGGACGAGGAGGUUGAUGCAGCGGUGUCGACACCGACUUCGGCGGCCGCUGAAGAGCCGAACGAGUUCAAAGCCGGCUUGCGGACGAAAGAAGAGAUGAGAGCUGCGCGCCUUGCACGUGAGCAACGCAAAGCAGCAGCCGCAGCACACUCCCCCGGUGCCAUCGCUCCAUCACCACGCGACGGUGACGACGACGAAGAUGAUGAGGAAGCGCGGCGUGCCCAGCAAACCGUCUACCGCGACGCGUCCGGCCGAGUCAUCGACCUCGCCGCACACGAAGCCGAACAAGAGCGCCUCUCGCGACUACAACAGCAGAAAGCCGCCCAGCGCUCCACGUGGGGCCAAGGUCUCGUCCAGAAGCAGCAGCGCCAACAAGCCUCUGCGCAACUCGCCUCCGUCGCAACCCAAGGCAUCUCCCGACGCGCCACAGACACCGACUACAACCAGCACUUUAAGGAUCAGUUGCGCGAGGACGAUCCCGCACUGGCAUUUUUGACCAAGAAGCGUGCACAGGGACCGCAGAAGCCCAAAUACAAAGGCGGGUGGCCGCCGAAUCGAUUUGGAAUUGCGCCGGGGUAUCGCUGGGAUGGCGUAGACAGGGGCAAUGGAUACGAGAAGGCCUACUUUGAACGGAAGAGUGUGCUGGCGAGGAGGGAACAGGAAGCAAGGGCGUGGGGUCAAUCGGAUAUGUAG